AUGGCCGGCCAAACAAGCCUCGAGCUAUCCUUGACCAUCUUGGUGGUAGUACUCAUUGGAGUUGCUGUCCGAAGGAGAUAUUUCCAUCCCCUCUCAAAGGUUCCUGGCCCAUUCUGGGGCUCGGUGACGUCCUUCUACCACGCGUAUCACUAUAUAGCCGGCGACCACCACGAACUCCACCGCCGUCUCCAUGAAAAGUAUGGCCCCGUAGUGCGCUACGGACCUACCCGAAUCAUCUUCUCCGAUCCUACCAUGCUUCCCGAAGUCUACCAUAUGAAGUCCAACAAAUCCAACUUCUACGACUCCACUCUGAACGAGGCCUCGGACAGCUGUUUUUCCGAAAAGCAUCACAUUGCUCAUGUUGCAGCGCGGCGAUCUUUGGCUCACGCGUACAGUAUGAUUAACGUGAAAGCUCUUGAGCCCCAGAUCCAACGAGUCAUCGAUGUAUGGGUGACUCGACUUCUUACCCACGAGGACAAACCGUUUGUACUAUCUGACCGUGUACUAUGGCUGGCAUUCGACGUCCUCGGAGUCAUGGUAUUUGGGGAGCCUUUUGGAUUUGUUGAGGAAUGGACUGACAUCCGAGCAAUGCUGGAGCGGUCGAGCAAAUCCACUACUUCCGGCAGAUAUCUGGAGUACUACAACCUCAUGCCAACGCUGAGUUUCCUAGUGAGGAAGACACGCAUAGGGAAAUCGCUAUUUCUUCCUUGGCCAACUGAUCAGGUUGGGCUUGGGGUAAUAAAAGCAGAGCGCGAUGCGGGCUGGGUCAGGUAUUUCGAGCAGAAACCUGUAGCGUCACCGCACUGCCUUCUGAGUCAGAUACUGGACAAGAGAACGAACACCAAACAAGACCCUUUUAUGAGCGAUGAUCGAAUCAAGAACGAGCUUCUCAUCGCCAUCCUGGCCGGAACAACUACCACCACUAGAGUCCUUAACGCAGCCUUGCUGAAUAUAGCAGCGCGGGAGGAAUGCAGCAUGAGACUUCGAGAGGAAAUCUCUGCCCAACCCCAAGUUGGUCGUGAGGUCAACUAUGAAUACAGCGGUAGCCUCAACUACCUCGGAGCAUGUAUCAAGGAAGCCUUCCGCCUCUCCGCUUCCCCUACCCAGUUCCCGCGUGUAAUCGAUCACUCGCGGAACGUGGAACUGAACGGUGUUCGAUUAUCCCCAGGUACUGUAGUGUCCAGCUCAAGCUACAUUAUCUCGAGAAACGAAGAACUGUACGGAGGCCAGCUGGAGGAGUUCUCGCCCGAAAGGUGGGUCGAGGCAACUGAAGAGACAACGAAGGCAAGGAGGAGGUACGACUUCCGUUUUGGAUACGGAGCGCGAACAUGCUUGGGCAAGAACCUGGUAGAAGUGGAGAUCCACAACGCAGUCCUUGAAGUAUUUCGUCGAUCAAACGUCAGGGUGCACGAUCUAAAAAAGGCUAUCGUCUCGGUGGAGCUCCGCGAAGUCAGUUGUACUUAG